AUGCCUCCACGCAAAAGCGACGCCAACCGCAAGAGCGACGUCUCCAGCGCCCGAUUCGUCGUAAUGGACGAGACCCCGGCCUCCACCCCGGCGGCAUCGGUUCCGACACCUGCAACACCCGCGGCUGCUGCUUCGGCAACGCCCUCCAGCGCCGCACCGGCACCGGAACCCACACCCGACGUCUCCAGGGCGACUGCAUCAUCAACGCCGCUGACGACCACGACCGUCUUGCACGCUGGCUCCGAGAAGAAGGACUCGGAAAAAACACCAAAGGAGAAGGUCGAUAAAGACGCUCUCACCAUCGAAGACCUCAACCUGCCCAAGUCUAUCAUCACGAGGCUGGCAAAGGGUGUUCUCCCGCCCCAAUCGCAGAUUCAGGCCAACGCCGUCUUGGCGUUGAGCAAGAGCGCCACGGUCUUCAUCAACUACCUCGCAGCACAUGCCAACCAGAACACCGUCAAUGCCAACAAGAAGACCGUCAGCGCCGAGGAUGUCUUCAAGGCUCUUGAGGACAUUGAGUUCGGCUUCCUCCGCGAGCCCUUGGAGCAGGAGUUUGCCAAAUACAACCAGAUCCAGGCCGCAAAACGCUCAUCCUACCGCCAAAAGGUAGCAGCCAAGAAGGGCGGCGCAGCAGCAGGUGCCGCAGCAGGUCUCGCAGCUGGAGCUGCCGCAGGCGCCGCGGCGGCCUCGGUCGACGACAGUAUCCUCACCACGGCCUCGUCCGCCGACGGCGACGGAUCGGCGCCGCGUGCGAAGAAGGCUCGCGUCGACGACUCGGCCAUGACUGUCGACGAGGAGGCUGACGACGCGGAGACGGAGCCCGAAGAGGAGGCCAACGAGGAUGAGGAGGACGAGGAAGAGGCAGAAGAGGAAGAUGACGAAGAAGAGGAGGAGGAGGAGGGCGAUGGAAGCGGCGAUGAGACGCAGGAUGCGCUGGAGGAGAAGGAGGGCGAUGGCAGCGAGGAGGUCGACGAGGCGCUCGACGGCGACGAGAGCGAUUAG